AUGUCGUCCCGCCAGGGUGGUAAGCAGAAGCCGCUGAAGCAGCCCAAGAAGGAGCGCGGUGAGAUGGCCGAGGAGGACAUAGCCUUCAAGCAGAUGCAGCGUGAGCAGAAGAAGGCCGAGAAGGAGGCGAUCGCAAAGAUGAAGAAGUAG